CAGACCCUACACACAAAAUGCAGGACUACGUAAGGAGCAUUGCCAAAACGUUCAUCUGUUUCAUGGUGAUUUUCCUGAUUACAGCGAGCGCACGGCCACCACAUUUGGAUGAUAAUCAGGUUGAUCAAGACAACUUCCCUCUCAUGGAAUCCCCUCAGCUCAAACCAUGGCAAAUGGCGUUGCUCGCACAAAGGCUCGCCGAACUGAAUCAAGUUGAAAACGGAAUUGGCCCAAUGGGCCCAGAGAGCUUCCAAAGGGCACUACGAAGUGAAACUGAAAGGAAACGUCGUUAUCGCGCAUGCUAUUUCAACCCCGUCAGCUGUUUCAAGAAGUAAACUAUCGAGAUGAAGAUGAGAUGGAGCUGCCUUUAUGCGGAUGGAUUGUCACAAGCGAGUUAAUAUCAUGAAAGAUCAUCCAAAGUACACUUUUUAACUCAGAAACCUUAAAAGCUUCCUAAAUCAAAUUAGUAGUUAGAAGGAGUAUUGUUCAACGUAUGCUACCUAAAGAUAGCAAAUCGUAUAGUGUAUUUCGGCGUCCAAAACUGGAUCUGUAAGAGACUAGCGCCAUCAAUAAGUCAGUAUCAGAAUACAAAAAUGAAUUUAGAAAUCUAUUUUGAGCUAGAACGUUUGGUUCUGCUACUGUUCCUUAGAUAGCGCUAGGAUCGACAACGAUUUUUUUCGACUUCAGACAUGAAUUAUCGUGUUCCACCUGGAAAUAUCCAAUUAAAAUAUGCGUUACAGGAGCCAAAAAGGGACUGUAUACUCUAGCGGCAUCUAUGGUACAGUAUCAGAACCGAACACUGUAACUCGUUUCAAAGUAGAUUAAUAAAUUAAGUUUUGUAUCUUUCUACUGUCUUAUAUCUGUGGAUGGCGAAAGUUUUUUUUUGAGAAUCCAUUUUGAACACCGGAUGGCAGUAUCUGUUUGCCUAUCUUCAGUUAGAAUGCAUUAAUAAAUGCCAAGAGUAAGCUACGCAAUUUUUGAAGUUACAGUAGCAAUGCAACUGAUUUGUAAAACUAUAGUCUAUUCAUGAUGAUAACUCACGUGAUCUUGGUGCUAUUUUCACUACAAAGAGAUGUGCAAAUUUCAAACUUCCAAUCACUUACAUAUAUGUAUAUAUGUUUAUUUUGAGAAAAGCAAUAUCGUCUACAACAAGAUCUUCCAUUGUAUCUUUUUUUAAUUUAUAUAGCCACUUUGCAGUCAUCAUUCGUUCUAAUUUUAUACAGGUAUCAAACUUAAAAAAUAAUUUUCCUCUAAGGGAUCUUUUAUUUUUUUGUUAUUAUAGUAUAAGUUGUUUACGUGAUGAAACAUUUCCUUGUAGUGAAAUAAAGAUAUUAUGACGGAGAGCUGAAUUCUAUAAUAGAUGUAACAUAAAAUUUAAAUGUAAAAUUAUUUUUGAUUCCCAUUUCAAUCAAGUGUAAAUGAUUCGAUCAUAACGUAAGAAUUGUGUGAAAUUCUAGAAACAUGGGGCAAACAUUCAAGUGAUGUUUCUUUGUACUAUUCCAAGACUAUUUCUCUCCUUGGAAAUUUUUGGAAAUGAUGCUUCGGUUUGGAGAUACAUGCCUCUGAACAACGUCAAUGGAAAUUUCUUUUUCUCAAAUAACAUCAGUAAAAAACCACUUAUAUUGCAGCCAAUCAAAAAAAAGAACAACAAGCCGAAAAAUUGAUAAAGUGGUCGGAAAAUGUAUACUUGUGUUUUUUCUGUGCUGUACUUUCAUAUUCACCGAAAUUAUUAGUAAAGAAAACUGUUUAACAAUUUAUUUAAAAAAGCUGUUCAGAUUAUCUGAAUCAAACAAGUACACAUUUUUCCAGAUAAGGGAUCUCGCUCCACAAAAUACUAACUUUGAGCUAUGAAAAUUUUCAGAUAGAACACUCUGUAUACUUUUACUUUCAUUGGCCUUUUCACAAGUGAGUUAGUUACUAAAUGCAGAGGGACACCUUCUUGACCUUUCAACUUUAUUGCAUAAGCUCGAGUAGUUACGAUUUAUAAAUAAAUGAAUAUAUAAAUAUAUAAAAUACACUAAUUCUGACGAUCUGCUAUUACCAGCUAUUUUUUAUUCUGAAAUGUAAUGUAAUAUUUCUCAUGUACCCUAAUCACUGUUUUACAAAAAAGUUGGUUGUAACUCAGAAGCCAUACAUCUCUCUAAAACCUCAUAUCAAAGAAAAGCUUGUGAAAAGAGGAAUCAAUGGAUGUGAAAAUAUACAGGACAUGCUAAAGAGAAAAUGUGGGAGAUCAUUUUUUGAGCUAAAGCUAUAACUGCUGAGGAGAUGCGAGUAAAGUUAAGCAUGUUUUCGACAGAUUAUCCAAUCUCUCACAAAUUUAAAAAUAACUACUUCAUUUCAAAGGACCUACCCGAAUCUGCAAUCAAAUACAGGACAAUCCAUUCAAAAAAAUGUAUGGGUAGUCGAAAAGUUACGAAUCACCAUGUAGAUAUGAAAACAUUUUUCAAGUGAGGAACAUACUAUUGAAUACAAUUUUUGAAGCUAUUUUUUUUUAGCUACCAUGCGUUAGAGUUAUCGUCCAGGCAGGCACAAUAAACUCACCGUGUAUGUAAGUGGCCAUUCUCUCAUAUAAAAUUAUAAAAAAACAUUCGAGAAUGUGUGAGCUUUGUACAAAAAUGCUGAAAUUGAGAGAUUUGAGAUUUAAAAACACAAUUAAGUACUAAAAUAAAAAAUAUGUUGAUGAAGUCUAAUAUGAUCUUAUUUAUAUAUUUAAAAGCAAAAAGUUCAUGAAUCCUGUCAAUUUCAGGUCCAAGAACCCUGCUUAUAGGCUCUGAUCCUUUGGUCGGCUCAUAAGGAGUUGUUCAAGAGUUAUUUAUGAAAAAUUAAUUUUCAGUAGUGCUUUUCAGGGGUCUUUUAGAGGCAGAGCGUUAUUUCUAGCAUCGUCAGAGAGCAACAUGGUCAAAUAAUGGAUCGAAUUAUCACCACAUGAAUGUUUGCCUUACGUUUUGGUAACACCCUGUACAAUCUUUUAAUCGCCUAGAGACACAACCUAGUAAAAUAGCCAAUUCUGAAGAUUAAUGCAUGAGAUUCUAAAGGUACAGUCUGGAGCGAAAAAAAUUGCGCGGCGUCUUCACCACGGAGCAAGUGGCAACCAUGCUGUGUUUUCCCAUAAAAUGUAGGAGCCGUCACGCAAAAUAGCUGAAAUUGGUGUGUCUCCUUUUAAAUAAUAUAAACUUUUGUGUAGUGAUAUUUUCUCAUCAUCCUCCAUAAUUCAAAAUUCAGCUGUAAAUAUGAUAUUCAUGAAUAAGUUAUUUCAUAUACGUAUAUACGUAUGUAUAUGCGGUGAGUGACAUCAACGACUCGUGAAUAUGUCUUCUCAGAUGUCUUGCUCCCUUCCGAAUACUAAAUUAAUGUUAUGAAUCCCAAAUCGACCUUUCGGAGGAUUUCAGGCUUCAAUGUAAUAAUAAAAACAGCUACAAAUUCACAUCGCAUGAUUUUGACCUCAGGCUUUAUAAAAACGAUUUAGAAGGUAAGAGCUGCCCUUUAGUCGUUUCAAGUAGGUAAAUAACCAAAAUCAGCUAUUUUAAUGACACCCGAAUUUUAUAACCUACUGAGCUCAAAUAAGCGUUAAUGUAGUCACUAUGCCAAAUUCUAAUAUUAGGGAUUCCAAUUGAAAAUCGAACUUUGAAUAAGACAAAUAUUCUAGCUAAAAUUUGUAAAAAUUUGCAAAAUAUUGUCCCCAUACAAACUCGAAUCAUUUCCAAUAUGGCUGUAUCUGAGUGUAGUUGUCGUAUAAAGAAUAAUAAAUAAAAUGAGAUUUACUA